AUUAUCUUUCUCAUUCUUUCAAAAUUUCAAAAUUUUUACUCCUCUCUCUUGUUUUGCUCGCUGGCCCCAACGUUUCUUUUCAAAUCUUCAUCUGUGUAAAAUAACUUUCUUUGCCCUCUGUCAAUAGCACCUUCCAAUUUCUUUCCAUUUCUUUCUUCGAAUCUUCAUCUGUCAAUCGCAGCUUUCAAUUGAGAUUUGAUCUCAGGCGCUGCGUUUUCCCAAAUCUGCGGUGCGUCUGGGACCGACUGCUUUUCGGGUUCAGUGGCUCUGUCCCUGCGUCGUGGGUUCGGUGCUUCGCGUGUUCGCAGUUGUAUCGCAGGUUCCGAUGUCGGCUUCCACGGUGUCCAUCACCGCGGCGAACCCGGGGGCGCGUCGGAGGCCGGUGCUCGCUGCCGAGAGGAAAACCGCCACCAACAUCGAGCUCCUCACCAAUGACGUUGCUGCCUCCCCCGCAGUCGCGACUUCCGGCGAUGGUGCCACGGGUGCCGGGCGCGACCUUAGCCACCACUCCAUUCGAGGCGAGGCGGUUCUUGACCGGAUCCCUCGGGAUUUGGCUCCGGUGAAGAAGGUCGCCGGGUCAGGUGGGAACUCCGCAUCGCUUCAACAGCGGCGGGCGAGGAAGUCUGCCGCGAAGGCAGAGAAGCCGCGGUGGCUGACGGUGGUGAGCAUUUUCGGGAAGAAUUUAGUGCUGUUGGUGGUGCUUGCGGGGCUGGUUCAGUUGAUCCGGCGGCUGGCGUUGAAGUCCAGUGAUGGUGAUGUCGGAGGGUACGCUGGGUUGUCGGAAUUCGAGGGAAGGAUUUCGGAUGUGGAGGGGCUGUUGAAGAAGACGGCUAAGAUGAUUCAGGUGCAAGUUGAUGUGGUGGAUAAGAAGAUUGAAGAUGAGGUUAGAGGGUUAAGAAAGGAAUUGAAUGAGAAAAUUGAGGAGAAAGGGGUGAUUUUUCAAAGUGGGUUGAAGAAAUUGGAGGCAAGGAGUGAGGAAUUGGAGAGGUAUUUGAGUGAGUUAAAAGGGGAGGAUUGGUUAUCAAAGGAAGAGUUUGAGAAAUUUGUUGAGGAAGUGAGGAGUGUGAAGGGGGGUGGGUUCCAGGGUGGUGGUUUGGAUGAAAUAAGAAAUUUUGCAAGAGAAGUGAUUGAGAAGGAGAUUGAGAAACAUGCUGCUGAUGGGCUUGGGAGAGUGGAUUAUGCUCUAGCCACCAGCGGCGCUGCGGUGGUGAAGCAUUCGGAGGUGUAUCAUAUGAGGACGGGAAAUUGGUUAAAGUUGGUCAGAAAUGGUGUCCACCCGAGUGCGGAGAGGAUGUUAAAACCGAGCUUUGGCGAGCCAGGGCAGUGUUUCCCCUUGAAAGAUAGUAAAGGGUUUGUUCAGAUUAGGCUUCGCACUGCCAUCAUUCCCGAGGCUGUCACCUUGGAACAUGUAGCAAAGAGCGUUGCAUAUGACAGAUCAAGUGCCCCUAAAGACUGUAGGGUCUCUGGUUGGCUGCAGGGCGNUAAUGGUGAUUCUNCANUUGACNUUGAAAAGAUGUAUCUUCUAUCAGAAUUUACGUAUGACCUUGAGAAGAGCAAUGCUCAGACAUUCAACGUGUUGAAUUCAGGUGCUUUUGGUCUCAUCGACACGGUAAGGCUCGAUUUUACAUCCAACCAUGGAAGCCCUUCACACACAUGUAUAUAUCGGUUUAGAGUUCAUGGUCACGAACCUGACUCAGUUUCUAUGAUGACAUUGGAGUCAUAAUGUGUAUGCCAGUGUUUUGCUUUGAGUUUUGUGAGUUUCUGUGUAAUUGUUCAGUGUAUUUUGUUUAGAUGUAGAAUAGGAUGUUGUGGACUCCUUAACUGUUAGAUGCAGUCAUUUUUAACUUAUUAUUGCUGCCUCAAAUGGACAUUGUAUGUACUGUAUGAUUCUGAUAUAGGCAAUUGGUAAAUCUUGUUUCUGGCAAAG